AUGACAAAAACAGCCCUCCUUAAAUUAUUUGUGGUAAUAGUGAUCAUGUUCAUUUUAAUUUUGCCAGAAUAUUUCAAGACACCAGAAGGAAGAAUGUUGGAGCUAUCAUGUCUGGAAGUGUGCUUACAAUCUAAUUUCACCUAUUCGCUCUCCUCCUUAAAUUUUUCUGUUGUGACUUCUCUGCAACCAAUAACAGAAACUCAGAUGAUUAUGGGAAUCAUUCUAAAUCACUCCAAUUUUCAAAACUUGACGAGGAUUUGCCAGGGCAUCACAGAUGAACUUAAAACUUGCUCCUUUUGUUUGGCUUGUGAGCCCAAAGGAAACAUGGAUUUUAUUUCUCAGGAGCAAAUAUCAAAAGUUCUUAUCAUGAGAGGAUCAAUGGAAGUGAAAGUGAAUGAUUUUCAUUCGCCCUGUGAACAUCUUAACUUCACUGUAGCUCCUAUAGUUGACCACUUGGAGGAAUAUAAUACGAUCUGUGAUCUAAAAACCCACACUAGAAAGUCAACCACCAUGGAGGAAGAUCCAUCCAAGGAAAAGUCUAUAAACCAUACUUGGGGAAUUGUGGAAUACCCGACUAAUUGUAUACACAUAUCUUUGCGUCAAGAAAUGGAUGUAAAAAAUGUCACUUGUUCCAUGAAGAUCACUUGGUACAUUUUAGUUCUAUUAGUUUUUGUAUUUUUGAUCAUCCUCAUUAUCCACAAAAUACUUGAAGGCCACAGGAGAGUGCAGAAAUGGCAGAGUCAUAAAAACAAUCCUCCAUCUGUUCUCUUAAGAGGAAAUGAUUCUCAGAAACUGAGAGCAUUGAAUGUGCGGGUUAUUUCAGAGACCACAAAGAGGCUGCCCUUGGCUCAGGUCAAUGGAGAUCUUCCCCCAAUACCAGAACUAGAAGUUACUUCCACAGUACAACAGUGA